GUUCAACUGACAGGUGGGACCCGCGGGGAACCAGUGAACCAACCAAUGGGAAGCUCCCCAACUACCUCGGCUAGCUCGCUUUUGCCUUUUGCCUGCUAUAAGCCCAAGUCAACUUGCCACCCUACCUGACUCCAUCACUGACAAGGUGUCCCACAGGUACGAUGCCCCACAUGUCAUUGACAAUACACGACUUCCUCUUAGAACUCUGCUCCAGCUAAAGACGACCAAUAAUAUAAUUCCCCCGAAGAGAAGACCCCAGAUCGCCGGUGUCUGCUCGCUUGCUUGGACCCCCAAUGGCGGCCGUCACGAGUGCGACCCCAAGCCGGAGCUGAGGCUGAGCACCCGGCCCGAAGAGCAGAGGUGAGAGCGCGGAGGCCUCGGAAGGAUGGGGCCGGCGGCGUGGCGGCAGGGGCGGCGGACGCUGGUGCUGGUGAACCUGGCGUCCAUCAUGGAGCGCGCCGACGAGGCGCUGCUGCCGGCGGUGUACCGGGAGGUGGGCGCCGCGCUGCACGCCACGCCCACGGGGCUCGGCGCCCUCACGCUCUACCGCUCCAUCGUCCAGGCCGCCUGCUACCCGGUGGCGGCCUACGCGGCGUCGCGCCACAACCGCGCCCACGUCAUCGCGCUGGGGGCCUUCCUCUGGGCGGCCGCCACGUUCCUCGUCGCCGUCUCCGACACCUUCCUCCAGGUAGCGGUGUCUAGAGGCUUGAACGGCAUUGGUCUAGCUCUUGUCAUACCUGCAGUCCAGUCGCUGGUCGCCGACUCCACGGACGACGACAACCGUGGAGCAGCUUUUGGCUGGCUGCAGCUGACCAGCAGCAUAGGCUCCAUAUUUGGGGGAUUCUUUGCCUUGAUGCUGGCACAAACCACAUUCCUGGGGAUUGCCGGAUGGCGCAUUGCCUUCCAUCUCGUCGCAAUUGUCAGCGUUGUCGUAGGCAUUCUCGUGUGGCUCUUCGCCGUGGAUCCCCAUUUCCCUGCAAACAAUGCCGGGUUACAUGCCACACCAAUCAGCAAAAAGUCUGCAUUGGAUGAAGCAAGGGAGCUGCUCAUCGAGGCCAAGUCUAUAAUUCAGAUCCCAACAUUCCAGGUCUUCGUUGCCCAGGGUGUCAGCGGCUCGUUCCCGUGGUCAGCCCUGUCCUUCUUGUCCAUGUGGCUUGAGCUCAUCGGGUUCAGCCAUGAGGAGACCGCCAUGUUCACAACAAUCUUCGCGGUUGCCACCUCCAUUGGCGGCCUUCUUGGUGGAAAGAUGGGGGAUUUCCUUGCUCAGCGGUAUCCGAACGCUGGGAGGAUCAUCCUGUCGCAGAUAAGUGCUGGCUCUGCUAUUCCACUAGCUGCUGUUCUUCUGCUGGGACUGCCGGAUGAUCCAUCCAGAUCCAGUGGUGUAGCCCAUGGACUCGUUUUGUUCAUCAUGGGACUCAUCAUCUCCUGGAAUGGAGCUGCUACAAACUGCCCGAUUUUCGCAGAGAUUGUGCCCGAGAAACAAAGAACGAGCAUUUAUGCUCUGGACAGGACUUUCGAGUCUAUUCUAGCUUCAUUUGCGCCUCCUGUCGUCGGCUUGUUAUCUCAGCACCUCUAUGGUUUCAAACCGGACGACAAAGGGAGCAGCCCUGAACAAGACCGGGAGAACGCCGCGUCGCUGGCCAAGGCGCUGUACACGGCCAUUUCCAUACCGAUGGUGAUUUGCAGCUCCAUAUACACGUUCAUGUAUCGCACUUACCCUCGAGACAGGGAUCGUGCGCGUAUGCAGUCUAUGAUUCAGUCAGAAUUGGAUCAGAUUGAACUUGGGGGUUCGCAUUUCGGAUGCGGUGAUGACAGGUUUGAUCUCUUUGAAUCGGCAGAUGAUGGUGAGAAACCUGAUCAGGUCGAUGCCAUUUACGGUUCUGAAGAAUCUGCCCAGGCUGAUGCUGGCACCGCAAGACUAUUAGGAAACCAUGAGCUGUGACAGAGCAAAAGAAUCUGAUAUUCUUGGCCCAUUCAUGUUGAAGAGGAUAUUUCUACCGAUUUUUAGGAAAUUGUAACACCACGGUCAAUUUGACUCACCCAAAAUGAACAUCUUUGUGAUGCUGCUACUGCUAGUAUACAACACAUCCCACUAACUUCAUGAUCUACAGGAGCUUUGUUGUUAGAAUUAUAUUUCUUUUAACAGACCAGCAGGUAAACUGCCGGGCUUGUAUUAAUACAGGAGAAGAAGCGAUGUAAAUCAAAUAUUUAGAAAGAGAUAAAAAAAUGAGC